AUGAUUUCGUAUCUGAAUAACAACACCCAAAUAUGUUUCAAGUCUCCUUCAACCUGCAAUCAUAACCUCAUUGACACAAAACAAGUGGAAGAAGAAGACGGAAUUGAGAUCGACCAUGGAUUCUGUCCAGGUUUGACUUUGACCAGAAUGUUCAGUCAACCCGCAAAACAAGUGGAAGAAGAAGACGAAAUUGAGAUCGACCAAAAGAGACUCCCAACAGAUUACGACCCUGCAACAUUUGACCCAACCGAACACUGCAGCCCACCAACAGAACGCGUAUGGAGACUCGUAGACGAAAUGUCAUCACUCACAUUAGUUGAGGUAGCUGAACUUUCUUCAAUAAUGAUGAAAAAGAUGGGUAUGAAAGAGCCGCCAGUUGUGGCAGUGAUGAAGCAAGGAGCCGCCGGGGUAUCGGGUGUGGCGGCAAAAGGUCAAACUGCUGCAAAGGAAGAGACAAAGCCCGAAAAGUCCAUCUUUGAGUUGAAACUUGACUCGUUUGAAGCAGCUUCGAAGAUCAAGAUUAUUAAAGAAGUGAGAACUGAUACUGUCUCCACAACUUACAAAUACGUUUUUUUUAGCCAGAGACAGAGUUUCGAUUUAGGGUUUGGUUUGGGGAUUUGCAAGGUUUUGGAUCAGAUUUGUGACGCAACUGUAAAUUAA